GAAUUGUAUCUCAAGCACGAUCAUAUGCAGUAUACAGGAAGUUUCAAAGAAAGAGGAGCAAGUUACGCAAUUUCUCAGCUGACAGAUUGCCAGAAAAAAAUUGGAAUCGUGGCUGCAUCUGCUGGAAAUCAUGCCCAAGCCGUCAGCUAUCAUGGCCUAAAGGUGGAAAUGCCUGUGGCAGUUGUUAUGCCAACAAUUGCACCGGUUAUGAAGAUACAGAAGUGCAAAAAUUUAAAGGCUGAAGUUUUCGUCCAAGGAAAAGACAUGGGUGAAGCUAAAAGAAUUGCCCAAGAAAUGUCGAUGGAAAAAGGUUACGCCUACGUCAAUGGUUUCGAUCACCCCCAUAUCAUUGCUGGCCAAGGAUCCAUUGCCAUAGAAAUUAUGGAGCAGAUGAAGGAAGUGGAUGCAAUUGUUGUUCCAGUUGGGGGUGGAAGUAUUAUUGCAGGAGUUUGUGCUUAUAUGAGCAAAGCUAAUCCCAAGUGCAAAAUUAUAGGUGUGGAGUCAGAAAAGUGCCCAGGAAUGACAGAGGCCAUAAAAAUGGGAAAACCGAGUCCCGUGGAGUCUUUUCCCAGUUUGGCAGAUGGCCUGGCUGUUCCUGUUGUCGGUUACAAUUCUUUUGCGACUGCAUCCCCCCACAUUUACAAAAUGAUAGUCGUAAAAGAGGAAUACAUUUCCCUGGCCAUGAUGAGGCUCGUGGAACUCGAAAAGACGGUCGUGGAGGGUGCUGGAGCCUCGGCUUUGGCGGCCAUUCUGACAGGAGAAUUGGACGAGUUCAGAUGCAAAAAGGUUUGCUGCGUCUUGACAGGCGGCAACGUGGACACCACAUUUUUGGGCAGAGCUUUGGAGAGAGGUUUGGCCUCCGAUGGACGAUUAUUAAAGUUCAAGGUUACGAUAGCCGACAAACCCGGUGCCCUAGCCGAUUUGUGUGCAAAAGUGUCCGCCACUGGCGUCUCCAUGAAGAAAAUUCUUCAGGAGAAAACCUGGGUCAACGCCGAUAUGUUCCAAGUCCAAAUAAAAAUGAUUGUGGAAACUCUUGGCGUCGACCACUCUAAAGAACUGCGCGAUGUUUUGGUGAAGGACUACAAGAACGUCUUCUUCAACGACAGUCCAGUGGCGGUGACCAGCGAGAUGAGCCUGCCAGGUCUGGCCAUUGGCCAGGCCUCGAAGAAACCCUUUGACUGCAACGACCCGAACAAUAACCAGGGCCAGGGCCAAGGCGGAGGCAGCGCCAACGAGAGAGAGACGGUCCUGGGGCACAUUAGCAACGUCUGCGACUGUUCUAACAAAUAA